AUGGCGCAGUUGAUUCCAUAUGAUAUUCUCUACACCACUAGUGAAGAUGAACACUUUCCCAUUUCGGAAUUAAGUCUCGGUCAUUUACAGCCACACUCCUCCUCUUCCACUUCUUCUUCUGCUGCUACCACUACCGCAGAUAAUACUAAUAAUAAUAAUAAUAAUAAUAAUAAUAAUAAUAAUAAUAAUAAUAAUAAUAAUAAUAAUAAUAGAUCGACUUCUGUAUCUCGUACUCGUAAAGGUUGGCAAAGUGCACGAAAUGCAAAGAUGCCACAAGCAAUUGUGCUUCGACUUCCUGGAAGAGUAGAAAUUACACAAUUACGAAUUCUCAGUCAUGAAUAUAUGAUCGCAUCUAGUGUAGAAGUACGAUUAUUUGCCUUAACAGGACCGGAAAUGGAAACUCAUCCACCAUCUUUUCGUAGUGUACGGUUUAUGAAACUUGGAGCAGUGAAUUUUAAUAAUAAUGAACACUCGCAUUACCGAUCAAAAGAACGAAAAACCAUUCAUUUACAGGCAGAAGCAUAUUUUGUUAAACUUCUCUUUAAUACACCUCAUCCUAAUCCAAAGAAUCGAUUUCAUCAGGUGGGUAUUUAUUCUAUAGAAAUUACUGGAAAGAUUCUCUCCCGUGUGAGACAUCAUGCAGAUCCGGCGUUAGUAAAAGGUGUCUUUACACCUCAAUCUAGUGAAGAAAGACAUGAAACACCUGUAAAGAUAUUAACUAUACCAAGAGAAGGUGCGAGUCCAUCAUCAUCAUCUUCUCAACAACAAUAUCAACAAUAUCCAUAUCAACAAUAUCAACAAUAUCAACAACAUCGUCCAGUUUCUCCUCCAUCACCGUUAACACCAGUAAAGGAUGAGAUGAUGAUGAUGAUGAUACCUCAAGGAAGUAGUAGUGUUGGUGUGGGUGUUGGUGAUAUUCCUCCAUUUCGUUCUGUUCGUAUAUUAGAAUUUGAAGAUUUCUUUAUUCGUCGUUCAGAGGAAUUACUCACAUUAAAAAAUCAAGCCGUAGCGAUUGAAAACUAUGAAAUAGCUAAACUAUGUCGUGAUCGUAUGAAUCUUAUGAAUCAAUACUCAAUACGUAUUUAUCAACUUGAACAAGAUAAGGUAGAGGCUAUUAUUGAAGAAGACUUUGAUGCGGCAAAACAGGCAAAGAUCGCAAUGGAUACUUUAAUGGAAAAAGUCUAUCAAGAUGUUCAAUUACCAAAGACUCUGAAAGAAUUAAAUACAGAUUAUAAGAAUGGGAAAGAAGUUAUUCAAAAUGGUAAAUCUAAUGGUAUGGAUAGUCGUGGUCCUAGUCGUAAUAAUAAUAAUCAUCAUCAUCAUCAUAAUAGUAGUAGUAGUAGUAGUGAUGAUGAUAAUGAUAAUAAUAAUGAGGAGGAUGAGGAGGAUAAAAGUCAUGAUGAAUUAAAAAAGGUAAAACAGAAGAAAAGGAAUGGAACGGCAGAGAAAAAAAAAAGUGAUGAUAUUCAUACAGAUAGUGAUAAUAGUGAAAGUAAGGAUACGGCAAUACCUUUAGUAUCCAAGUAUGUGCAACGAAUGACCCAACUUGUACGAGAUCUCUCACAUGAGAUUGAUGAUAUGGAGACAGAAGCAACAACAAAAGCCGGAAGAAACUCCGAUUCCUCUUCCCCUUCUUCUGCCGCAACAGGAGAAAAAGGAAAAAAGGGUAAAAAAGAAAAAGAAAAAGGAGGAGAUUCAUUAUUAAAUGAAACUUCCAUUUUAUCUGAAACUCAAUUACCACAAUGGGAACGUCCAGUGGCGGAUCUCAUUAUGAAAUUAUCUGGAGAAAUGGAAUGGCCUUCUCAAUUAGGCGAUGAGGUGCGAAACUCACGAGAGGCAAUGGAUCUCAUCGCGGCUGUUGGUCAUUUUACUACUGCCUGUCUUUUUAGUAAACGAUUUAUUUUACGUGAAAAGGCAUUAGAGGCAUUAUUAGAUCAUAUGACUCCAUUAUAUACAUCUACACCUGCUGCAAUAGAACAGGCGGUAUUACGUUUCUUUGAUAUGAAUAAUUAUGGAUUACAAGAUACCAUUCCCAGUGUGGUAGCAACAGCCUGUGCAUUUGUUCGUAUGGUAUUAGCAAAUGAACAUAAAUGUCUAACCGCUAUACUUGCACCUGUAGUGAAUCUCUUACCACGAUUAUUAUGUUGUGCAGCGGAUUCGCAUCCACGUAUUCGUGAAGAGGCCCGAACAACUCUUACAUUGUGUGUAAAAACGCCUGCUGUUACGAAUGCUACGAUUCUUCUCGCUGUAUUGGCAGAUCCUAUUGAUAAGGAAAGACGGCGACGAUUAUCUGUGAAUAGUAGUAAUAGUAAUCCACGUGUGCAACUGGCACGAUUGGCUUUAUUGGAAGAAAUGAUAACAACAGGUAAAACCGCAUUGCGUAGUAAUGAAGAUACAUUAUGGGCAAAAUUACUUAUUCCUUGUUUAAAUCAUCAAAAUCAUGAAGUACGGGAUCUCGCUAUCUCUGUAACAACCUUCCUAUUAAAGGAACGAAAGAUCGUGUUCACAGAGAAACGAGCAGCUAAUAUAGAUAACGUGGCGAUAAGAGAAGAAUUACAGGGAAUAUCAACAGCAGCAGGAAUAAAAACAACAAAAACAACAACAACAGGUGUGAAAAAAACACCCACACGAUCUUCUUCAUCCACUUCUGCUACAGCAGCGCCUCCUCGAGUGCCAUCUUCUUCUGGAGAUGGACAUAUCACCGCCCGAUAG